AUGGAAUCCAUGGCUAUAGCUACAACCAAGAAACAUCGAACCUCAGUCCCGAUUGAAUUACGAAACAGGCAGAUCAUGUCAUUCAAGAACCCGGGCAUUCUCGAAUACCGCAAUGCCGUUAUUCUGAUGCUCCUUCAUACUUCUUUCCUGCUGAACUGGGCUCAGGAAAUCCACCCAGCGAGACAUAAGUGUGAUACUUCGGAUAUGAACUUGCUUUGCGCUUUCUAUAGCCUGGCGACGUCCUACUGGCACGGCGAUAUCAGCCAGGAUACACAUAAUACUCGUAUGGUGAGGGUUUGGGCGAAAUUGUGCAAUGCGACAUGGACCGCUGGGGAUGUGUACCGCCGCCAGGGCCCCUGGCGCUUUAUGGAGGCCUACUUUCGGCAACCUGGGGAAGGGCUCAAGGACAAGGACGGAAGGAUCAAGGAUCCGCAACACUUUUUUCGGGGUCGGUCUCAGAACACGUCAAAUACGUAA